AUCUUUCCCUGCAGCGCAAACGUUCCGAGAGCACACAGCUAAAACCGAUGGACCUGCCCGUACCGUCGUAGACUGCACGUCGCUGUUCAUUUUGGCCACACCGAAAUCAAGAAAAACAACUAUCGGAAUGGGUGAACGCGCACUACCACAACAUUACGAUGCAACUGGUUUAAAAAGCACGGUUUAGGUUUCCCCUCUCUCUGCAGCUUUUGCUUUGGAUGGAAGGAGAAAGGAGGAGCUCCCUUCUUCUCUCAAGAAGAGCUUAAUUCUCUGCCAAAAAAAGCGGACUAGAAGCACUUGCAGGUGGAGAGAAGUUCAGCUGGGCUCACUGCAGCUUUUAUGUAGCUUUUUCUAUCGUCUUCGAAAGGGAAAAGUGGUAACGUAAAGGAAUUUUCUUCAUUGCAUGAAUUGGACACAAACAGGAUCGAGGACGGAAGAAAGGGCUGCAAAGCAAAGGAUCGACACCGAGGACCUCUCGCGCAUUUUACUGGGUCUCUCGCCCUCACACCCUAGGAAAAAAUGUCAUCUCAAACUAAAUUCAAGAAGGACAAGGAGAUAAUUGGAGAGUAUGAAACGCAAGUCAAAGAGAUCCGUAACCAGCUAGUGGAGCAGUUCAAGUGUCUGGAGCAGCAGUCCGACUCUCGCAUCCAGCUGCUGCAGGAUCUGCAGGAGUUCUUCCGCCGCAAGGCAGAGAUCCAGCUGGAGUACUCCCGCAGCCUGGAGAAGCUGGCCGAGCGCUUCUCCUCCAAGAUCCGCAGCUCCAGGGAACACCACCAGUUCAAAAAAGACCAGCAUCUGUUGUCGUCUGUGAACUGCUGGUACCUGGUCCUGAACCAGACCAGGCGCGAGAGCCGUGACCACGCCACCCUCAACGACAUCUACACCAACAACGUCAUUGUGCGCCUGGCGCAGAUCAGCGAGGACGUCAUCCGCCUCUUCAAGAAGAGCAAGGACAUUGGGAUUCAGAUGCACGAGGAGCUGGUGAAAGUGACGAACGAACUAUACACUGUGAUGAAGACCUACCACAUGUACCACACGGAGAGCCUCAGCGCAGAGAACAAGCUGAAGGACGCAGAGAAGCAGGAGGAGAAGCAGUUCAGCAAGUCAGGUGACCUCAACGUCAACCUGCUUCGUCACGACGAGCGCCCGCAGAGACGCAGCUCCGUCAGGAAGAUCGAGAAGAUGAAGGAGAAGAGACAAGCCAAGUACUCUGAAAACAAGCUGAAAUGUACAAAAGCCCGGAACGACUACUUGUUGAACCUUGCCGCGACCAACGCUGUUGUUGCGAAAUACUACAUCCACGACGUCUCGGAUAUGAUCGAUUGCUGUGACCUGGGCUACCACGCCAGCCUGGCACGGACGUUCCGGACGUACCUGUCCGCGGAGUACAACCUGGAGACGUCUCGUCACGAGGGCCUGGACGUCAUCGAGAACGCCGUGGACAACCUGGACUGGCGCAGCGACAAGCACAAGAUCAUGGACAUGCACAAUCAUGUGUUCUGCCCUCCGAUGCGCUUCGAGUACCUUCCUCACAUGGGGGACGAGGUGUGCCAGGUGAGCGCCCAGCAGCCGGUUCAGACAGAGCUGCUGAUGAGAUACCACCAGCUGCAGUCUCGCCUCACCACACUGAAGAUCGAGAAUGAGGAGGUGAGGAAGACCCUGGACGCCAUGCAGACGCUGCAGGACAUGCUGACUGUGGAGGACUUCGACGUAUCGGAUGCCUUCCAGCACAGCCGCUCCACCGAGUCCAUCAGGUCGGUGGCAUCCGAGGCGUACAUGAGCAAGAUGAACGUGGCCAAGAGGAGAGCCAAUCAACAGGAAACAGAGGUCUUCUACUUCACCCCCUCUCUCCCCUCUCAUGUUUCGGUGUUUUCAGGGUUGCAGCAGCAGGGUAUAUUUCGUGUUCCUGGAUCUCAGGUGGAGGUCAACGAUAUCAAAAACUCCUUUGAGAGAGGUGAAGACCCUCUGAUCGACGAGCAAAACGAGCAUGACAUCAACUCAGUGGCUGGGGUUCUCAAGCUGUACUUCAGAGGUCUGGAGAACCCCAUCCCCAAGGAGCGCUUCCUGGACCUCAUGGCCACCAUCAAGCUGGAGUCAGGAGCAGAGAGAGCUCACCACGUCCAGCAGAUCGUGGACUCUCCUCGCAGUGUCAUCAUCGUCAUGAGAUACCUGUUCUCCUUUCUCAACCACCUGUCCCAGUACAGUGACGAGAACAUGAUGGACGCCUACAACCUGGCCAUCUGCUUUGGGCCGACCCUCAUGCCCAUCCCUGACGGGCAGGACCCUGUGGCGUGCCAGGCGCACGUUAAUGAGGUCAUCAAGACCAUCAUCAUGCACACGGACGCCAUCUUCCCCGGCCCCCGCGAGCUGGACGGGCCCCUGUACGAGAAGUGCAUGACAGGGGGGGAGGAGUACUGUGAUAGUCCUCACAGCGAGCCAGGCACCAUAGAUGAAGCAGACAAUGGAACGGAGCCUCACACCAGCGAUGAUGAAGUGGAGCAGAUUGAGGCCAUCGCCAAGUUUGACUACCAGGGCCGUACUCCCAGAGAGCUGUCCUUCAAGAAGGGGGCGUCUCUGCUGCUGUACCACCGUGCCUCUGAGGACUGGUGGGAGGGGCGCCACAACGGCGUGGACGGCCUGAUCCCUCACCAGUACAUCGUGGUGCAGGACCUGGAUGAUGCGUUCUCAGACACCCUGAGUCAGAAGACGGCCAGCGAGGCGAGCAGCGGACCUCUGCUGGAUGACAAGGCCUCCUCCAAGAGCGACGCUCCGUCCCCCUGCGAGCCUGACUACAGCCUGGGAGGGCUCAUGGGCAGCCCCUCCCUCACCAGGGUGCGGCUACGCUCCGACGGGGCCGCCAUCCCUCGUCGCCGGAGCAACGACACCCACAGCCCCCCCCGGGGGAUGGACACGCCCCCCCGGGGGAUGGACACGCCCCCCCGCGCCGCCGCCUGUCCCAGCAGCCCCCACAAGGUGGCGCCGAGCCGCAGCCGGCUGGAGAGCCCGGAGAAGAGGCGCCUGGGAACAUUCGGCAGCGCAGGCAGCAUCAACUACCCCGACAGGAAGGCGUACCCCGAGGGACACCCCCUGAGGCCGGCCCCGGGGGCCACGCGCCACAGCAGCCUGGGAGACCACAAGGCCCUGGAGGCUGAGGCCCUGGCAGAGGACAUCGAGAAGACCAUGACCACAGCGCUGCACGAGCUGCGUGAGCUGGAGCGUCAGAACACGGCCAAGCAGGCCCCCGACGUGGUCCUGGACACCCUGGAGCCCUCCAAGCACCCGGCCAGCUCUCCACCCGCCAGCCCGCUCCACACCAUGAUGAUCCGGGACCCGGACGCCGCCAUGCGCCGCAGCAACAGCUCCACCUCCGAGAUGCUCACCACCUUCAAGCCCGCCCUCUCCGCCCGCCUGGGGGGCCCCCAGCUGCGGCCCCCGCCCAUGCGGCCGGCGAGGCCCCCGCCCACCCAACACCGCUCCAGCUCCUCCAGCUCCUCGGGGGUUGGCAGCCCGGCCGUCACGCCCACUGAUAAGAUGUUUCCCGGCGGCCCCAAUGCGGCUAACGCGGCUAACGCUGCUGGGGACAAGUCUGGGACCAUGUAGCUGAGGGGGGCGGGGCCGG